AUGCGCAGCAGGGCCGUCCUGUGCGCGCGGCUCGUGUUGCCGGCAUGGGUCCCUCGCAGCCGGUGCUGGCGCUCUUGCUGCUCCUGUGUGGUCCGCGGUUCGCGUUAGGCAAUGGGCAGACUACUAACAUGGUCCAGCUACCAGGUGGGAGAUUCCAGAUGGGAACAAAUUCUCCAGAUGGCAGAGAUGGUGAAGGGCCUGUCCGGGAGGUGACAGUAAAACCCUUUGCCAUUGACAUAUUUCCUGUCACCAACAAAGAUUUCAGGGAGUUUGUCAGGGAAGAAAAGUACCGGACAGAGGCUGAGAUGUUCGGGUGGAGUUUUGUCUUUGAGGACUUUGUCUCGGAUGAGCUCAGAAACAAAGUGACCCAUCAGAUGGAGUCUGUCCUCUGGUGGCUUCCAGUGGAAAGGGCGUUCUGGAGGCAGCCUUCAGGUCCUGGCUCUGGCAUCCGAGAGAAACUGGAGCUCCCGGUGGUACAUGUGAGCUGGAACGAUGCUCGUGCCUACUGUGCGUGGCGGGGGAAACGGCUGCCCACCGAGGAAGAGUGGGAGUUUGCUGCCCGAGGGGGCUUGAAUGGUCAGGUUUACCCAUGGGGAAACCAGUUCCAGCCAAACCGCACCAACCUGUGGCAGGGAAAGUUCCCCAAGGGUGACAAGGCUGAGGAUGGCUUCCAUGGAGUCUCCCCAGUGAAUGCUUUCCCCCCGCAGAAUAACUACGGACUCUAUGACCUCAUGGGCAACGUUUGGGAGUGGACAGCAUCUCCAUACCAGGCUGCUGAGCAGGACCUGCGUGUCCUUCGGGGGGCCUCCUGGAUCGACACAGCUGACGGCUCUGCCAAUCACCGGGCCCGGGUCACCACCAGGAUGGGCAACACUCCAGAUUCAGCCUCAGACAACCUAGGCUUCCGCUGUGCUUCCAGUGCAGGCCGACUGCCUGGGGAGUUGUGAACAGCCACGCAGAGCCGAGAAAAGCCCGGCGGUACCCGUGUCACUCCCUGGCCAUACUCCACACAGCCAAACUCCAGGCUCUUCAGCUUUAGCCUCAAGAAGGAGUUCCCUCCCCUUACCCCAUCCCUCUGUAGCAGGCAUCUCUCAUCAGGCCAGGAGAGGACUCUGACCUCAGAGGAGGAGUACCACUAUCUCUUGAAGAAGGGGCCUGACUCAGGGAUAGUGGCCCGGGAGCUGGCUGUUUCUCAUAGAGGUCAGAUAUUAACCAUAUAGGGCCAGUCCUUAAACAUCUGGGGCAGAAUGCUCUGAAAGGCCCGUCGUUAGAAAUUUUUAAAUUUGUUCCCUCCCCCUUUCUCAGUGCCUGAUGCAGGGAUCCAACAUUGUUUUCCGAAGACAGAAUUUCCCUAUUUUUCUUUGUUUUCCCAGCGAACUGCUGUAGAAGGAAAAUCCAUCCUUCAUUAGCCUCAUUUGUAGUGUUUCAUGUGCCUUUGAGAGAACCUGAUUUCCGCUAUUGGUCUGUAGAAGGUGGUAGCUGGGCUCUUUAAAGCACAGUGUGAGUUUUAAAAAGGUCUAGGAGAGGGGCGCCUGGGUGGCUCAGUGGGUUAAGCCGCUCCCUUCGGCUCAGGUCAUGAUCUCAGGGUCCUGGG